AUCGAAAACAUUUUAUCUGGGCACCAGCCUCUCGUGCGCUUCAUGGCCAGACACUGAAAAACAGUCCUUAAUCUGAUCAAAAAUGAGUCAAGGAUUUAAAUUUGGUGGAUCUUCAAGCUGUGACAUUCCUGUAGCAGCAGCAGCUCCAGCUUCUGGUGUAAGUUUUGCCUUCAAAAAACCUGAAACAGUGGCUCCAAGCCCUGUUUUAGGCAGCAGCUUCACACCUGCAUCUGUCAGCACUUCUUCUUCAGUCUCCUCUGCCGUCAGCAGCUCUGCUCAUACACCUGAAACUGUGACAGCGCCUCAGUUCUCUCUAGCUUUUGCCAUGCUGGAAAAUGAGUGGAGAAAAAUGGAGUGGGGUGAAGAAGCGAGAGAGAAACUGCUGGAGUCCGUCCGGUCAUUUAAACCAGCCAGCGAGAGUGUUUCUGAAGCCAGGAUCCUGCUGAUUGGUCCAGUCGGUGCUGGAAAGUCCAGUUUCAUCAGUUCGGUCCAGUCUGUUUUCUCUGGACGGGUCAUCAACAGAGCCAUGGUGGGCUCAUCGUCUUCUACCAGCUUCACCAAAAAGCUGCGUUCGUUCAACAUUACAGGGUCUGGAGAAAAGGCAGAUGAAGCCACUGCUCUGGUGUUGUGUGAUGUUAUGGGUGUUGGAGAAGGUGAAAGCACAGGACUGACUCUACACGACGCUCUGUCUGUGAUUAAAGGACACACGCCAGAGGGACACCAGUUCAGUCCUGAUCAGCCCGUCGGAUCAGACACUGAGGGCUUCAUAAGAAGUCCCAGAACCAAAGAUAAAGUGCACUGUGUGGUGUUUGUGGUGGACGGAUCCAAAGUGGGUUCAUACGCAAAAAGCUUCGGAGCGACCUUCCAGCAUUUAAGAGAACACAGUAGCAGCUUAGGUGUGCACCAAGUGGCAUUAGUGACCCAUGCUGACCAAGUCUGUAAAGCAACAGGAAGUGACAUCAGCCAGGUUUACAGGAGCUUGACUCUUCAGCAGACAAUGGAGAAAGCCGGAGCUCUGCUGGGAAUGGCCACGUCCUACAUCGUCCCUGUGAAAAACUACAGCUCUGAGCUGGAUGUGGAUGAAAACACUGAUGUUCUGCUGCUCAGAGCCGUAGAUCACAUCCUGCAAUACGCCAAUCUCUACUUUCUAGACAACAGCGAUUAAAGCGCUUCAGAUAACACACACACACACACAAAUUGCAAUGGGUGAUAUGCAUAGGAAGGGAUUUUCAGCCACCGAUAAGCUAACGGGGAAAGUUUUAUGUGACUAUUUUCAAUUUCAUACGGUUUCUUUUACAGCACCGAUAAUGUAAUUUAAUUAAUAUAUAAUCAGUUUAAUGGACUUCAGCAUUCAUUAGCUGUUCAAGUGUAAAAUGGGAUGAAAGUCAGGAGCAGCAGGUUGGUGCAGAUACUCCAUUAAAUAUACAGGCGUAAGAUAAACAUGGCGUAGGACAAUGUAAUUUAAUGCAAAGCUUCUUGUCCGCUCUGAGACCCACUUUACAGUAUAUUGCAUCUCAAUUAGUCAGGGAAGAUCAUUGAUUUUUAAAGAAACCAGAUCUUAAACGUGGAGAUUUUGGCAUGACACAGUUCACAGGAAGUGCUUGAGCUGGCUGGCUGAAAAUUAAAAGUCCCUGUGCUUGAGAUUCCCAUGAUGGAUUCAUUCAUUCCAGGUUUGUUCCAUUUCAAUUUCUUAAUGCCAAAGCUUGUAAUUCUUUGCUAAUAUAUAUAUAUAUAUUAUUUUAUACAACAUUUAUACUGUUGAAUUGUGUGAGAGUUUAUCAUGAGCUAAAUCUUUAUGUUUGAUCUCAGGUUUUUUUAGGGCAUGUUCUCUGUGCUUGGUUAAAGGGGUAGUUCACCCCAAAAUGAAUAUUUAGUCACUAUUUACUCUCCUUCGAGUGGUCCUUUUGGAGUUUUUUAUUUCGUUACACACAAGAAGAUAUUCUGAAGAAUUUUACAAACUGGGGGCAGCACGGUGGCUCAGUGGGUAGCACAAUUGCCUGACAGAAAGAAGGUCGCUGGUUCGAGCCACGGCUGGAUCAGUUAGCGUUUAUAUGAGUUUGCAUGUUCUCCCUGUGUUCAUGUAGGUUUUCUCCAGGUGCUCCGGUUUCCCCCACAAGUCCAAAAACAUGUGGUAUAGGUGAAUUGGGUAGGCUAAAUUGUCCGUUAUGUGUGUGAAUGAGUGGGUAUGGAUGUUUUCCAGUACUGGGUUGGAGCUGGAAAGGCGUCCGCUGUGUAAAAUAUAUGCUGGAUAAGUUGGUGGUUCAUUCUGCUGUGGUGACCCUAGAUUAAUAAAGGGACUAAGCCGAAAAGAAAAUUACUGAAUAUUAGAAACCGGUAACCAUUGACUUCCACAGUAUGCAAAAGAAAUACUAUGGAAGUCAGUAGUUACAAGUUUCCAACAUUUUUCAAAAUAUCUUCUUUUGUUUUCAACAGAAGAAAAAUAACCUUAGAAAAGUUAGUAAAGCGUGAAGGCUGGCUGAGUAAAUGGAGUAAAUGAAGAUAGUUUCAGUUUUGUGUGAACUGACCCUUUCAUGUGACUUAGUCUACACUAAUCUGGAUACAUUUAAAAGCAACUCCAUGUCCACACUAUUGUUUUCAAUACAUUCAUUAGUCCAGACUAAAACAGAUGAAAACGAUUUUGUUUAUGUACUGCACAUGUGCAGAGGUUUAAGACGUUUUUACCUGCAUCACAUCAGCCUGCCAUUUAUUUACUUUCCAUCUCUUUGAAAUGUCACAGCUAAAUGUUGUCAACUGUGGCCUGCUUCAGCCGCUGAACAACAGCUCCUAGGGAAUACUCUGUGUCUUUAAAAAGAGAGGCAAUGUGGAGCAUCUACAAACACAAUAAUCUUUAAUAAAGCUGUCAAAAGAGACAGCAAAACAUCUGAUGUACAAUGUCGUCCACCAUGUUAGUGAAUUGGUCACAUGACUGGAUCACAUGACUAAAAUGUGUCAUCAUUUUUAAAAGCCUCUGUUUUUACAGUCCACAAAAACAUGCGCUUUCGUUUCCUAAAAACACCAUGGCUGCGUUCGAAACCACCUACUACUCAGUAGGUACUGCAUUUGUAUUUAAACGUACUACUCGGUCGUUAGAAAAGUACAUUCUAUACAGUAUAAAUGUGAGCAGUAUGAAUGGAAUUCAGACAUACUACAUCUGCCAUUUUGUCAUGGUCACAUGACUUACCCGCGUCAGUUGCGCCGCUUCACUCCCAUUCAUGAAUUCGCUCGCGGAGCAUCAUGGGAUAGCACAGCGUGCAUGGGAUGCGCACUUCAGAAUCUCGCCGGAAGUAGUAGGUCAUCCGGGUACUUCUACAUACAUACAUCCGGACAUACUACUCGGCUCGCAUACUGAUUUUAGCGUACUAUAUAGUAUGGAAGUAUACCGUUUCGGACGCAGCCCAUCUCAUUGUGGACGAAAGGCCGAAACGGAGAGAAAAUGUUUUCGUUUUUAAACAAAAAGCUUUAGUGUGGACAUGGCCUUUACCAAAGAUUCUAGAAUACACAAGACGUGUCACUCGUAUAGUUUUGAAAAGGGAAAAUGGUCAUAUGGCGAAUGAACUAGUACAAAAGCCAAUGAAGCCCCGCCUACUAGUACAGGAGCCAAUCAGCGAUUGAUAUAGACUGAUGAUUCUCCGGGGGAGGGGCUUGAACCACACAUGUGUUUCUGCAGAUUUUUUUCUAGCGCUUUGGGUUUUAGAAAAGCGCAUUAUAAAUAAAAUGUAUUAUUAUUAUUAUUGUUAUUAUUUUGUGUGAUUCAAACAUUUAAAAAUGAAACUUAUGAGACAGUUGUUGUUUUAAUUUUAUUGGUGAUUUCCUAAUAAGAAAUUUAAUCGUAAGCUUGGAAAGCAAUUUUGAAGAAUUUGAUGUUUCCCCAUUCAAACAGAAUGCCUAAACCGUUUCAGAGAUGGCUGCCGAGUGAAAUGACUUGCCUUAUAGGGACUUUGCCUUAACUUACACAUUUAUGUGGCGAGAUAAAUGAAAAUGUUUAACUAGCUAAAAAAUGGUUUGUAACAUUCUGUCUACAUUUCAUGCUUUAGCUGAACAUCUCCAAUGCAUGGAACUCUUCUGGGUUUUACUUGUGUUUACUGAUGGUUUUACUGUGUUUCUGGGUUUUACUUGUGUUUACUGAUGUGGAAUGGGUGUAUCAUUAUGUCUGGUUAGAGUUUCUGUACUGCAUAAUCUACCCAAAUGAUAUUAAAACCAAAUAUAAACAAUGUAUGAGACUUCUUUUAAACU